AGAAGGGCUCCAGAGGACGGAAACAGUGACAAUCACAGAUCUAAGAACUGGACCUGCUAGGGCAUGUGGAUGCUGUCGCUUUUCUUCUGAUUCCUCAGAGGGCUAGUGUGUGGCCUUGUCCCUGAGGAACAUACAAAUCCAGGAAGAAGCCAGGGGUUGGGGAGGAGGACCCUCCCCUGAUGCCCCUACUGGCUAGCUGGGUUCCCUAGAAAGGGCUGACCUGGUGGAAGCAAGAUUGCACCAGUGAGGAGCAUUCCUGAGUUGUUGGGUGGAAUUGGGCCUGCCGCUUCUGGAAGGCUCCUUGUCUUCUAGGACAGGUUCAGAGUACAGUUGUGCGUUGGGGACUAGUAACAAACAUGGCCAAUGAAAAUUCUGUCCUAGUCAGAAUAUAUUGAGGGCUGUAUGCUUGUCCUUAGGGCACUUUUCUGUUUCCCAUCUGAUUACUUCUCUUGAAACCCUUAAAGCAUUCGUGCAUCCUCGGGGUUUUUUUACUUGUUUUUGAACACUAUUCUGGGGUUCCACAUGAAGCUUUCUGUGUUAUCCCAUCUUCCAGGAGUCCUGUGACCCCUGCACUGAGGGACUCCUGUGGGCUCAGUGCUGGGGACACAGUGGUGAAAAGGCAAGGUCAUGCCUCUGGAGCUUCCAUCCCACUGGAGGCUAGACAGAGGCACUGCUGCUGGGUUUGGUGCCCGAGCUGACUCGGUUGGUGACAGCAUGACAAGUGAGGUGAUAGAAGAUGAGAAACAGUUCUAUUCAAAGGCCAAGACGUACUGGAAGGAAGUCCCGCCCACAGUGGACGGCAUGCUCGGGGGGUAUGGCCACAUCUCCAGCAUCGACAUCAGCAGCUCCCGGAAGUUCCUGCAGAGGUUUUUGAGGGAAGGCCCAAACAAGACGGGCACCUCCUGUGCCCUGGACUGUGGAGCCGGCAUAGGCAGGAUCACCAAGAGGCUGCUGCUGCCGCUCUUUGGAGUGGUAGACAUGGUGGACGUGACAGAAGAUUUUCUGGUUAAAGCCAAGACGUAUCUGGGGGAAGAGGGCAAGAGGGUGAGGAACUACUUCUGCUGCGGCCUCCAGGACUUCAGCCCCGAGCCGAACUCCUACGAUGUCAUCUGGAUCCAGUGGGUGAUAGGCCACCUGACUGAUCAGCACCUGGCUGAGUUCCUGCGGCGCUGCAAGCAGGGCCUGCGCCCCAAUGGCAUCAUUGUCAUCAAAGACAACAUGGCCCAGGAGGGUGUGAUCCUGGAUGAUGUGGACAGCAGUGUGUGCCGGGACCUUGACGUGGUCCACAGGAUCGUCCGCAGUGCAGGCCUCAGCCUCCUAGCCCAGGAGCGCCAGGAGAACCUCCCUGAUGAGAUCUACCACGUCUACAGCUUAGCCCUGAGAUGAGCGGGGGCUGGCAGGAAAAAGGGACCAGUGUGGGGUGGGGACUGGCAGCCGGGCAAGACCCAGAGGCUCCAUGACGAUGGUUUGGGAGUGUUGAGCAAGACCGCUAAAUAUACCUGUCUGCCGUCCAUCACUAGACUCUUUUUCAAAAGACAUAAUGGGACCCAGUGAGGAAGGGUGCCCCUGAACGGAGCAGUGAGGCUGGAGCCUGGCUCUGCUGCUUCUCUGGGCAGUGCAGACUCGCGUGACUUCAGGGCCCCUGGUGCUCCCCACUGGGAAUAGUGAUCCCAUCAGAAGUGGAGAUUCCCUGGAUCUCCCUUCUACCAUCUGGCCUUCCAGCUGUAGGCCUGGCUGCCUUAAGAGGAAGAGAACUCUUGGUCAUAGAGGACUUUUUUCCCUUGGGGGGAGGAGAGGAGUCGGGCCUGGAGCUGGCACUGUCACCCUGUUGCUACGGCGAGCCUGGGCAGGCCUGCUACCUCCUGCAGCUGCAGGGGAUGUUUGCUUUCUGAGGCCUGUGUGAUGGAGCCCUGGUGUCCCUAAUGUGAUCGUUACAAGUCUGCAGCCUCACUCCUGGCUGGGCCUGGCAGCUCCUCCUCGGUGAGCACUUUCAGUCAGAAAAUAAAUGGGUGAAUCCUGUAAUGGGAAGGCCCUAGCCAGUG